CACACCUACACCAGCCUGGACAGUGGACACGGCCCAGGCCCACGAACAGCACCGAAGCACACCUCCACCAGCCAGUCGCCUCCGACGCCGGCGCCUUCCCCACCAACUCCGGCAACCGGCGGCCACCCCGCCCUCCCGAUCGACCACAUCCCUUCUCUUCCCCUCGGCCGAUCCACGCGGGCGGCGACCCUCCGUAGCCAUGGCCAACACGCUGCGUCUGUACCUCACUUGCAUCCGCAACACUCUGGAGGCCGCCAUGUGCCUGCAGAAUUUCCCUUGCCAAGAGGUCGAGAGGCACAACAAACCGGAGGUGGAGCUCAAGACUAGCCCUGAACUUCUGCUGAAUCCGGUGCUUAUAUGUCGUAAUGAAGCCGAGAAGUGUUUGGUAGAGACUUCAAUCAAUUCGAUCCGUAUAAGCUUGAAGGUUAAGCAGGCAGAUGAACUAGAAAAUAUUCUUGCAAAGAAGUUCCUUAGGUUUUUGUCGAUGAGGGCAGAGGCAUUCCAAGUGUUGAGGAGAAAACCAGUUCAGGGUUAUGAUAUUAGCUUCCUCAUAACAAACUACCACUGUGAGGACAUGCACAAGCAUAAGCUCAUAGAUUUCAUUGUUCAGUUUAUGGAGGACAUUGACAAGGAGAUCAGCGAGCUGAAGCUGUCGGUGAACACACGUGGCCGGCUGGUGGCAACCGAGUUCCUAAAGCAGUUCAUCUGAUCUCGCUAGCCGAUUCCUCCUCCUGGCAGAAGGACCGGUUCUCCAUUUGGAGUUUUUCGGCCGCCUCCCUGGAGGUGUUGGAGGGUAAUGAACUUCUGGAGGUAGUGGUGCAACCGAUAACAAAUGCAAGGAAUAGUGUGUCUCCUGCAAGGAGCGAUGAACUUUUAGAAGUGUGGUACCAGGUUUAACUAUGAAUGUGUAUUCUACUCUACUUAAUUGUUUGAUAGAAGAAAAGACAGUAUUAGUGUAUUAGACAUGGCUAAAAGUGGAGUUCUGCAUUCUUGAAAGUAAAGCCUUAAUGCCCGGAAA